CAGUCGUCCGACUAGCAGCCUAGUGACAAUAUCUCCCAGUCAAGUUGCAAAUCUAAAACCAAAUACCAAAAUGUUCCGCAUUAUCGCUGUGUUCUUCGCCCUGGUUGCCGUGGCUUUCGCUGCUCCUGGCUACAUCGAGCCCUCUUACGGAGUGAUCCCUGUGGCUAGCGUGGUGCCCGUGGUGAAGUCCGUGCCGGUGGUGAAACACGUUCCGGUGGUGCAGCACGUCCCAGUGGUGAAGCAUGUGCCAGUGGUGCAGCAUGUGCCUGUGCUGAAGUCCUACGCUGUUCCCGCCUACGGACACCACAUCUACCACGGUUAA